GUUGAUUAGAGCAUAACCAGAGUGACACGUUGAACUCGCCACAAUCAAGGAAACCUUUUCCGGGUGGGGACCUCUGCAAUCACUCAGUGAGCAACCCUAAUUAACCUGAUUUUUUGCUGAUAAUCACUCUCAAUGGAAUCAAAUCACAAAUCCGGGGACGGAUUGAGCGGCACCCAGAAGGAAGCAGCCCUCCGCGCCCUGGUUCAGCGCACAGGAUAUAGCUUGGUCCAGGAAAAUGGACAAAGGAAAUAUGGCGGCCCUCCACCAGGCUGGGAUGCAGCACCCCCAGAAAGAGGCUGUGAAAUUUUUAUUGGAAAACUUCCCCGAGACCUUUUUGAGGAUGAACUUAUACCAUUAUGUGAAAAAAUUGGUAAAAUUUAUGAAAUGAGGAUGAUGAUGGAUUUUAAUGGCAACAAUAGAGGGUUUGCCUUUGUAACUUUCUCCAAUAGACAGGAAGCCAAGGAGGCAAUCAAGCAACUCAACAACUACGAAAUUAGAAAUGGGCGUCUCUUAGGGGUGUGCGCCAGUGUGGACAACUGCCGAUUGUUUGUGGGGGGAAUCCCGAAGACCAAGAAGAGAGAAGAAAUCCUAGCAGAGAUGAAAAAGGUCACCGAAGGAGUUGUCGACGUGAUUGUGUACCCGAGCGCUGCCGACAAAACCAGAAACCGGGGCUUCGCCUUUGUGGAGUACGAGAGUCAUCGGACAGCUGCCAUGGCCCGAAGGAAGUUGCUGCCAGGAAGGAUUCAGUUAUGGGGUCAUCCUAUCGCAGUAGACUGGGCGGAGCCCGAGGUGGAGGUGGACGAGGACACGAUGUCCUCCGUGAAAAUCCUGUACGUGAGAAACCUGAUGCUGUCUACCACAGAAGAGAUGAUUGAGAAAGAAUUCAACAAUAUUAAACCAGGUGCUGUGGAGAGAGUAAAGAAGAUUCGAGACUAUGCUUUUGUGCACUUCAGUAAUCGAGAAGAUGCAGUAGAGGCUAUGAAGGCUUUAAAUGGGAAGGUGCUGGAUGGGUCCCCCAUUGAAGUGACGCUAGCCAAACCAGUGGAUAAAGACAGUUACGUUAGGUACACCCGAGGCACGGGUGGAAGAGGCACCAUGCUGCAAGGAGAGUACACUUACUCUCUGGGCCAUGUUUAUGAUCCCACCACAACCUACCUUGGAGCUCCUGUCUUCUAUGCUCCUCAGGCCUAUACAGCAAUCCCCGGCCUUCAUUUCCCAGCCACCAAAGGACACCUUGGCAACAGGGCCAUUAUCCGAGCCCCUUCUGUUAGAGAAAUUUACAUGAAUGUACCUGUAGGGGCCGCGGGAGUGAGAGGACUGGCCGGCCGGGGCUAUUUGGCCUAUACAGGCCUGGGUCGUGGAUACCAGGUCAAGGGAGACAAGAGAGAAGACAAACUCUAUGACAUGUUACCUGGAAUGGAGCUCACCCCAAUGAAUCCUGUCACUUUAAAACCCCAAGGAAUUAAACUUGCUCCCCAGAUAUUAGAAGAAGUUUGUCAGAAAAACAACUGGGGACAACCAGUGUAUCAGCUGCACUCGGCCAUUGGACAAGAUCAAAGACAACUUUUCUUAUACAAAAUAACCAUUCCUGCCCUGGCCAGCCAGAAUCCUGCAAUCCACCCCUUCACGCCUCCGAAGCUCAGUGCUUACGUGGAUGAAGCAAGGACCUACGCGGCCGAGUACACCCUGCAGACGCUGGGCAUUCCCACCGACGCGGCCGAUGCCCCCACCGCGGCGGCUGCCGCCACCGCCUUCCCAGGAUACGCUGUCCCCAGUGCAACGGUGCCCGUGUCCGCAGCCCAGCUCAAGCAAGCGGUGACCCUUGGACAGGAUUUGGCAGCAUAUACAACGUAUGAGGUCUACCCCACUUUUGCAGUGACUGCCCGAGGGGAUGGAUAUGGAACCUUCUGAAGAUAGCUUUAAGUUAAGAAAUACACAGAACUCUAUCCAGAAGAAAUAAACCUCUCGCUCAGUUUCCUUAUAUGAUCACAAGU